AUGUCCGCCGCACAAACUGUGUUUAUUGAAGAGAAGCUUGAGGCUGAUUCAAAUAUAUACAAUUCAGUUUGCCCCCUUGAUCUGCUUCCUACAAAGGAAGUGUUGAAAUGGGUUAUAAUUGACUACGUUUACUAUCGUAUAUGUCUGCGCGGGUACAGUGGAAUCACUUUGUUCGAAAAGGAUCGUGGCAAAACACACAAGCACGUGGUGUUGGAUCUAAUUCUACGGCGCUUGGUGGAACGAGCCGAAGAGCUGGAACUGAAACUCAAACCACGUUUUGAAAACAGAAAGGCAAUGCUACUAUCAACGCCCGAACGGGCACAGCUGGACUUUAUGGACACCUUGGAAAAUAUCUGGGCCGAUGGGUUGGCAAACUGGGGGCGUUUCCUUGUUUACAUCACAUUCACAGCUGUGUACUGCAUCAGUUGCCUGGACUGUGGCAUGGUUCUACUAAUCAAGACAUUGGUUGAACACGCCAUUAACGAUUUGGACGCCAAAAUGGGCAGAUGGCUGUUGGCCCAUGGUGGAUGGCGUGGUCUCCUGCGUGCGGCCAACGACGUUCGGUUGAACUGA